AUGUCUGCAGAAGGAAUGAGCGGCAAGACUUUUUUCUCUAGAGAUGGAUGUUUGUUUCCAGAAAUAUCUUAUGACAAGCUUAUUCCAACAGCACCAUUUUUAAAAGCAGCAAAUCAAAUCUUGCCUUUAUUUGAUAGACUUGGCAGUGGAUAUAUAAUAGUGAAAAAUGAUGUACAUGGCAAUAUCAAGAAAUUAGAACAAAAACAGUCAAUGAAUCCAGAGUUGUAUGUUAGUUUAAAUGCUAUGUUAAAAGAUGAAGCAACCAAAAAAGACAGUACUCAGGCCCAGUCAGGAGUUCUUUGGUUAAAAAGAGGUAUAGAUUAUUUUUGUACUCUUUUUGAGAUUCUGAUGUCAGACAAAGAAGAAAGCACAUAUUUAGAACCAUGUCUAAAAGCAGCAUAUACACAAGUCUUAAAACCUUAUCAUGGGUUUAUAGUCCAGCAAGUAUUUUCUGUUCUGUCAAAAUUAUCACCAUAUAAAUCUCAGUUUCUCAUCAAGUUAAAGGAAGAUAAAUCUGUUGACAACGAUUUAGUAUAUGAUGAAAUGGAAGUCUACAUCAAACUAUUAAGGUCAAAUAUUGUGGUAUUAAAUGAUAUAUUAAAGGAAAAUGGUUUAGAAUCAGAUGAUAAAACUGAUUAGAAUUAGUAGGUAUACAAUACACAUCAUCGUGAUAUGGGGAAAUUAAAGUUUUAUUUUCAAGGUUUCUAUAUGUAUUAAUUUAUAACUUUAUAACUGUGAUAUUUGGUGAUAUAGUUGAUAGAAGUGGUUAUUGUCUUAUAAAUAGUUUCUAACAAUUUCAGUGAAAAAAUUGAUAUAACGUAUACUAGCAACUUCCAUAAUAGCUAUUGCCAAGUAUCUAUUCAUGACGUUGCGAUACGACACCCG